AUGGACGCUUGCGUUAAAAAAGUUGAAGUCGUCGAGAACGUUGUGUGGCCUCCCUAUCAAGAAGAUCUGAAUACAUUACCCACUGCAAGUCCUUUAUAUUUUCCUCCCUCGACGCACGUGCACGUCAAAACCUCAAACUCCCUACGAAAAUCAAAAUCUCUUGUGGCUGCUUGUGAAUUUUCUACUGAAGAUCAUCAAGAGGAACAGUUUCAGUCGGAUUGUGUAACGUCACAGACUGAGUCCGAAUCGGAUUAUCAAGAUUUGGAAGAUUAUUCUAAUUUUUUAAGGAGUAUGGAACCUAAAAUGUCUCUCACCUCAGCCGAGGUGUAUAAUAUUAACGGGAGAAGGAGUACAAUUGAAUGUGCACAGGCUUUGGCUGAUCACUUACAAACCGCCAUGUUGGUUGAUAGUGUGAUGAAAUCUCAAAGACCUAGAUCACCCCCACCUUUAUCUGCGGAUGCACCUUCAGCUGUUAAAAAGCCUCCACCUCCAAAACCUAAAAUGGAGUCUCCUAUUACCCCAGUGUGUCCUUUGAAGUGUCAGCAGAGUUGUUGCAAUGAAUGCCCGGAAUGUCCCAUGAAUAAACCAGCGGAGUUGCGAAGGUUGUCAGAAUUGGAGCGUUUUGAAGAAAUGCGAGCUAAGAUACAAAACAAUGUUGCUCAAGGUUGGGAAUCUCAAAUGGUCAGUGCCCUAAGAACAACUCCUGAUGUUCCGUUCUGUGCAAGUCCGGAUUUAUCUCAACUCCCGACUAGAAGUCCAAGAGGUCCCAUGGCUUCUGCUAUGACAAUUGCUCCUCCAAAACCAUUUCAACCUAUUCAAUCAGUUGUUCCUGUGUUUAAUACUAAACCGGUUCCAUUGCCUGAAGAAACUGUUCCGUAUUUACCUCCGGAAAGACCUUUGAUACCAGAAUUACAAAAACCUAAACCCCAAGAAAGGCGAGAAGAAGAACCAAGGGGUAGUCCAUUUGUUGAAGCUUUGAAAACAGCUCCUCAGAGACCUUUCUCACCGAUUGUUGGAACAGGCCAACCUCCAACUCCUAUCAGACCGAAGAAGAAGUCAGAUCCAUUUUUGAAAGAUCUUCCGAAACCUCAAGAGAAAUUGACUAUGUUAGCGGCAUUAACUACAGCUUCAGAUAGGACUUAUUCUCCUAUGACAGUUGAUUAUACAGGGGGUGAGAUGAGGGUAAUGACUUAUGAACAAAAACGUGAGGAAGAGGAAGCUAAGGAGUUGAAAGAACUUGAAGAAAAGAGGAGGUUCUCUAUUAAACAACCAAUUCCACAACCUUUUAUUGGUAGAAUGGUUGAAACCUUUGAAGGGGGUAAUCCAGGUCAAAAAACACCUGAUGCCAACUUCCCUCCAGUAUCUGUGGAGCUACAAGGAGCUUCUGAAUAUCAUGCUGAUUAUCAAGAAGUCAAGUCGGAAUUGAGCAGUCAGAUAACCCAACAACAAGACCGGGCUUUACAGAUGCAAAGGGAGGUUCAGCAAAUGCAAGCCCAAGUUCAAUCAAGCCAGAAAGUUUAUGAACAGCAUCAGACCUAUGAAGCUCAACAGACCUAUCAAUCACAACAAGAGUCCCAUGAAGGUCAUGUCUGUUGUAUUCAUCAAAAAGAAUGUCAACUUGCAAAGAAACGUGAAAUUGCUAAGCAAAAUGAAGAAGUCAUUUUGAAGAAACCUUUGACUCUUGCUCAGAGUUUACAUAAACAAGACCAGAUCCCUUCGUAUCAAUCAGCUCUUCAAUUUGAAGAACAAAUUCAACUUCCUCAUCAUAAGGAUAUCAAACAACUUCUAAAACCGGAAGAGCGUUCGAAAAUAGUUCCAAAUCCGAGACCUUUAUUGAGAGCUGACCCUCAUCAUAAUAUGGCAACACCUCCACCUAAGAUAAUAGCACCUGUCAGUGUGGUUACCCCAGGGGAACAUAGUCCCAAUCCAAGAGCAAGUUUCCAAACUGUGAACGAUAACUUCCAACCACCUUCAAGUGCUAUUUCUCAAAGAUUAGGUCAAUCUACUCCAAGUAAAAUGAACAAAACCCCAUCAGCAAUCCCAUACUAUCAACAGAAUUUGGUAGCAACACAGUUUUUGGCUCCAGAGAUCAAUGUGUUUGAUCCUAGUAGUCCUGCAAUGUCAAGGUCACCUAGUCCAUGCCCCGGUGCAAAACCUGAGAGGGAUAGACCUAAUUCUCCCUUUAGGAAACCACCAAGUAGACCAAAGUCCCCAGCUGCUGGACCACCUCCCAAUCCUCUAAAGAAACAUCAGGAUCCAGCUGGUUUAAUUAAAGAUGUGCAAGUUGAGAAGGCCAAGGACAAGGUCACUUCAUACAUCCCUCAUCAUCAAGAAAAGUAUCAAACCAUUCAAACCCGUGAGGGUGACUACUAUGAUCAAAGCAGAGUUGUAGACUACUCUCAGAACAGGUCCCAGAUCAAUGAACCUAACUUUCAACAGCAGACCCAACAGGCUCGUGCGUAUGAAGCAGAUGCUACUCAAAAGCACCACGUCCAUUUUGAGGGUAAUGCUAAAGUGUCUACCAAGGAACAAUCAGCAUCAGAACGUAAACAAGAAUUAAACAAAACCCAAGCUCAGUCCACACAAGUAUCCGCUGAUGGAAGGACUAAGGUCCAAAGAAAGAAAACCGUCGUUGAGGAGUUUGAGCAGUCCCACAAAGAGAAAUCAAUUGAAAUCCAAAAGACAUACCCUUUUGAAAGGGUCAACGCACCUAUUCCUAUCCAUGAAGAGCAGGGUAUGCAAGGUUUGCACGUUACCAAUCCAAAACAGAUCCAUUCUCCAUUUUUGGGUCAACCAAUACAAGGACCUCCUCCUAUGCCUAAGAACCCUAUCCCUGUAGCCCCAAAAUUCCUGAACCACCUCCCCCACCAACUUAUAAACCAGUUAAAGCUCCGGUACCGAGCAAGGUUCCUGUAAAACCAGUGCCACCGUUGUCGAGUGAUGUAUUACCCUCUGGUGGUGGUAGUGCUAAUCCCGUUCCCGAUC